ACCUCUGAACUCCCGUCCUGCAUCACUGAGCUGGGGAAAAAAAUGGCUGAAGUUGAUUUCGGGGAUAGUGAGCUCUUUGAGCAGCUCGAUGACUCCGCACCAACGUUAUCAAAGCACAUUCGCUUCACAGAUGAUGAAGAAGACCAGGAAGAAAUGGGCGAGCUUAGGAGCAGACUGGAGGAGUGUGAUGCCUACAUUCAGAGACUCACUGAAGAGAAUAAAGGUUUGAGAAGAAAACAGAACAUCUUGACACGACCAAGCGGCAUCACAAUUGAAGAUGUCAACAUGGAUGGACCACUUCUUCAAGUCCUUUAUGCAAACAACAGUAUUUCAAAGGGGUGUCGUCAGGAAAUUGAAGAUUGCAUCUGCAGUAUCAUUUUGAAGCACCAAGCUCCAAGCAAUGAAAAGAAAAAGUCCUCUUUUCACGUGAAACCUCAGAACUCGGCUUUUGCUAUGGAUGAAGAUCCACAGAAGUCGUCAACCAGUAGUGUAAGAACAACAACAGAAGCUUUUAAAGUUGUUGGAAGCGUCUUAUAUUUCACUACUUUUAGUCUUGAUAAACUUGGACAACCUCUGGUGAAUGAAAACCCCCAGCUGACAGAGGGAUGGGAUGUUCCAACCUAUCACCAGGUGUUCAACCAGGUUGUUGGCACAGAUGGGCAGGAAAUAGAAAUGAAAGACAAAAGACCCAAAUCGAUGUGUUUCAACUGUGGUUCAGGCGGUCAUCAGCUGAGAGACUGUCCAAAGCCUAAAGACAUGGCUGCAAUUAAUGAGAGAAGAAAGGAGUUUAAUCAGAACAACAACCAGGCCAUGCAGAGUAACCAGCGAUACCAUGCUGACGAAGUGGAGGAGCGCUUUGCUAAAUACAAGCCUGGAGUCAUGAGUGAUGAACUGUUAUCAGCUCUGGGAAUCGACAGCAACACCCUCCCUCCUCUGAUUUAUCGUAUGAGGCAGCUAGGCUACCCGCCAGGCUGGCUCAAAGAGGCAGAGAUGGAGAACUCUGGCUUAUCACUAUAUGAUGGAAAUGUUUCAAAUGAUGGUAACAUAACGGAGAGUACCAACUCGCAAAACCUCUCUUACGAUGUUUCCAAACUGAUAGAUUUCCCAGGCUUCAAUGUACCUGCUCCAAGCAAAAUGAAAGAUGAGUUCAUGCAGUAUGGUUCUAUUCCAAUGCAGAGCAGUCACACGAAGCAAAACUAUGCAGCCUACUUGUCCAACAACUUUCCGAUGCCUGGUGCCACCUGCAACAAGAGACGACAUGAAUCCGACUCAUCUCCACAGCAAAGAAAAAGGACAAGGCCCAGUCCUGAUACAAACUCAGAUAUGGAUAUUGAAUCGGACCCAGGAACGCCUUAUCACGGCGCAGGUGACUUUCAGUUCCAACCUCCGCUUCCCCCUGGCUCGCCUUGCUUCAGUUCACCUCCUCCUUUACCCCAGGGCACUCCUCCUGCUACACCCACUCCCCCACCUCUUCCUAAAGGUACACCUCCUCUUACACCCACCAACGGCUCUCCAGCUCUGCGAGGGCGUAACUGGGUAGCUGAUGAGACUGUGGAGGGAGCAGAGGAUGAACUCACACUGGAGGAACUGGAAGAACAGCAGAGACUGAUUUGGGCGGCUUUAGAAAAUGCUGACACUGCCACUAAUAGUGACUGUGAGACACCUGCAAUGGGAACACCUGUACCCAGUUCAUCAAGUGUGUCCACACCUGUGCAUAUAGACACAGAAACAGAAGAGGUUGAAGAAGCAAUGGACACAACGAAACCUGCAGAAAGUUUACAUAGCAGUGAAACUCAAAAGGAACCAGGGGUUCAAGAGAUUUGCCCUCAGAGCCCUGGACCAAUCAAAGUCGAGGAUGACAGUCCUCAGAGCCCCGAACCAGUCAAAGUCGAGGAUGACAGUCCUCAGAGCCCCGAACCAGUCAAAGCACAAGAUAACAGCACUCAGAGUCCUGGUCCAGUCAAAGUCGAAGACGACAGCCCACAGAGCCCUGAUCCAAUCAAAUGCCAGGUAGACAUCCCACAGAGCCCAGAUGUAUUUAAAUACCAGGAAGACAACCGUCAGAUCCCUGAUGAAUUCAAAUGCCAGGAAGACAACCCACAGAGCCCAGUUCCAGAUACUGGGGGGGCUGGAGAUUGUGCUUCUCCUAAGAAUGAUGAGAAGAUAACAGCCGUUCCUCAUCGGAGCAACUUUGCCGCAGGCAUUGUUCCAUUUGAAGACACCCCAGAAUACACUGAAGUUGCCGAAGCUACAGGGACGUACCUUAAGAUCAGAGACUUGCUUAAAAGUUCCCCUCGAAAUUUGGCAAAGAAAAAAUAAAAAAAUUACCAUCUUGAUUUAGAACUGAGGAAAUGUGGAUAUUUUUUAAACAAAAACUUAUAUUUUCAUUCUCAUGACCAUCAUAAAGCUUUUUUUUUUUAAGCUUUUUACUGUUUUGUAUGAAGUUGAAUGUCAAUGCUGUAUAUACAUAUGAUCUGUAAACAGCCACAGCAGUGGUUUGUAAAUUUGGACCAUUGUCUCAGUUUUUUUUGUAGCAAUAGUGUUAAUCAUUCAAUUUAUUUUAUUUUAAUAUUUGUAAAAUGGUAAUUUCCUCACAUGUUUUAAUUUUAAUCUGGGGUUUACAAAGCUUUUAUUUUUAUUUUUGGUCCACUUGAAUUGUUCUAGACUCUUUAAGUAAACAUGCUUUGCUUCAUUGCUUUAUUUUGUCUGGUAGUCGUGGCUAAAUGUGAGUUGGAUUUCACUAUACUGCAUGUUGACAGCACAGAUGGGGAACAGUAUGAAGUUCAAUGCUAGCGAUCUUUAGCAGAGUUCCAUGAACACACUGACCCUCUGUUGCUAUAAUCAGCUCACUUGCUGAUUUUGAUACUUGCAAAAUGAAAUUGUUUCAAAUUAAAACUGCACUACAACAGUC